GAGAGAAUCCCUGCUUUCAGACAUACAACUUGAUUUUUCUUUCUCCCACUGAAGGAGUCAAAGCAGGGGGUGUGUGUAACACUGCUGCAAGUGUGUUUUUUCUUUGGAGGCAUAAAGACUGACUGACUGGAGGAUCAGAACGAGGUCUGUCCCUGAUAACGUAACCAGUGAAGGAGAGGAACACAGAACUGCUUCAUCAUGAAUUUUGUAAUGAAAGCUGCUCUGGGAGGAGGUCCUCCUGAUGUCGGCAAGAUGCUCGGUGGGGAGGAGAAGGAGGAAGACCCAGAUGCAGCAAAGAAAGAGGAGGAGAGACAGGAGGCACUGAGACAGCAAGAAGAGGAGAGAAAGGCCAAGUAUGCCAAGAUGGAGGCUGAGAGGGAAAGGAUGAGGCAAGGCAUCAGGGACAAGUACGGUUUGAAAAAGCGCGAGGAAGCGGAGGCGGAGGCAGCAGCCGCUGUCGAGGAGCCUGCAGCGGGCAGCUUGACUCGACCCAAGAAGGCCGUGCCAGCCGGCUGUGGGGAUGAGGAGGAGGAGGAAAGCAUCAUGGACACGGUGAUGAAGUACCUGCCAGGUCCACUUCAAGAUAUGCUGAAGAAGUAGGCUAGCAGGGAAGCUAGCUAACGGUACCUAGCUUAGUUCAUAGGUUACAUUCACAAGGUUUUCUUAAAUGACAGUUGGUUUCCGUCCACAAGAAAAGUAGAAUCAAUCUAUUGUGCAAUGAAACUAAAUCAGGUUUUAAUGUUUUGGGAUUCAGACAAACCAAACAUCACUUUUAUGUGACACAGGUGGGAAAACAUGAGCCAUUGUGGACUUUAGCCAUUAGACUAAGCUAGGCCGAUGCUACGGCCAGCUGAACGUUAGCUUGACUGGCGUUAAUGUUAGCCAUGUUACACUGAUGAAGCUAACGGCAAACAGAGGGACUGAACUCACUAAGAUAGAUGUUUAUCAUUCUAAACUGAGAAGUUUUAAAUGACUUUAUUCUCUUCUUUUUUUAUUUUUUGUCUCCUCUGCGAUAGCUGCAGAGUCCUCUUGCAGCACUUAAACAUAAUCUUUGUCCACCAUGCUCAAUCUUAUUUUAUUUGUACAUAAAUGCAUAUAAGCCUCACGGUGGACGAGCAAAUAUUAUAUAAUAUCAAUGAAACAAAUAUACUGUGUGUCUGUCUCUAAAUUAAAAAUAUGAUCACUUGAUAAGCCAUAUUUUAAAAAGGAAAUUUAAAGACAACUGUCGCGCGUCUGUUACUAAAGCUACCAUUGUUUUGUCGACCCACCAUGUCAGAAAUAUUUGUGAAACUCUUUUGCACAGUAUUAAACAUUAAUUGUCACACCCUCGACUCUGUCCCGGUGGCCAGCAUCAUGGUGUAAGUUAGCAUUCAUAGUGUAGUGUUUAAAAAUGUUUCUAUUCCCCUGUUCAGUGUGUCAGACCUCUUGCAUGCCAUUUGUCUGGACAAAAUUGUUAUGUGACGUUGUACAACCCCCACCCCCUUUAUCACCUUAUUUAUCAUGCAAAAAAUAUUAAGGCAAUAACUCCUAUUUUCUAGUGUGGUUUCACUACUAUGUGGAUUUCACAGUUGAUAUCAGUACAACAAAUAUGUAGGCAUUCAGGAAAUUUUGUUUACAGGUUUGCACUUUCUUGGGUUUUGUUUCUUUAUGUUUGGGAAGAAUGACCUUGUAGCAGUUUAUGCAACAGCUUUCAGCUUUCAGCCAUAAAACACUAAUUUACAGUAUAUAUACACACUUACUAUCAGGAUCUAGUACUGGGAAGAAUCAACUCGAUUCAUCCUUAUGACUUCAACAUAUUCAUGAUUUCUAAGGUAUAACGAGCAGUAUGAACUGAAAGUAUUUGACAUUUGAAGAUGUGUAACAAAGAGCUUACCUUCUCUGGACACAUACUGAAGUGAAUACUGCUCUAUGGUGACAAAGGAAAAGCUGAUUUGUUGGAAAACACAACAUGAAAUAACGUUUUAUUCACUUCUGCACAUUGUUGGUUAAGAUGUGAGAAUGAGUCGCUGUCAGUGACAUGGAAUGUCAUGAGCAAUAAAGGAUUAUUGUUGUGUAUGUUUCUGCCUGAGAUUCAAUAAAAUUUAAAGCCUUGUUCAAAUAUAUUAA